AUGCUGUUUGUUUCUACUUUCUGCUGAUCAUUUUUAUUUUCCUCUUCCCAGUCCCCAAAUAUUAUCCUUUGAAGAGAAAGCAGAAAGUAAGGGUUGAGGAGUUCAGUCAUAAGUAUGUAUAAAAUAAUUUGAGGAAAAUAUAAUUGAGGUAUAUUACACUAGUAAUUAAGACGAUAAGAAAAAAAGGUAGUAAAUGACCUGAGCCUUGAGUGAACCUAGAGUCUCUAAGAGUUGAUGGUGAGUAAGGAGAGCAUUCCUGGAAUGGGGAGGCAGCCUGUGGAAAGCGUGGAGGUAGGGAAUAGAAUUGCUGAGCUUGGCAGACAUUAAGGAGACCAGUUCUGUUGCACUGGUGGUGUGUAUCAAAAGGCACAAUAUCUUGUCAGCAGGGGUCAUCCCAAGGAACCUCACAGAGAUUUCCUAAGAAGAUUUUACCAUCCUUUUCUCCCCAAAUCUUGAGCUGAAGGCAGAGGGGAAGGCAACAUCGAGACUAAACUGACCUGGACUACUGCAGCAUAAGGAUAUCAAUAGGCCCGCAUUCUCAGAAGGUUUUCUGGCCCAAUUCCACAGUUCAGAAUCUGCUUUUCUUGGCAUCAGCAGAAACUACUUUCUCUUGCACUGGAGUUGGUGCCUCUGAGCCCUGAGGAAACUUCCACAGCCUGGAGCAGGGGUCUCCACAGCACUAGAAAGAGGGAGGGGAGACUGGGGUUUAGGGAUCUUUCUGUGAUCAGAGGAGGUUGUGAAGACAGCAAGCAUGACUGAACCACAGGAAGUUGCCUAUGGUGCCAAGAGUCACCCUAGGAGGCAUGAUGGAAGUUCUGACAUCAGCGUCCAUUUUGGAAUCUCAGAUGAAGAGAAGGCAGCAGUGAAAAAUCGGGGGGAGAAGGUCUUGACAGCCCUGAGGAAAUUGGGCCUCAAUGUUAAAAAGGGCCCUGUGCUUUCUGUCCUGGUGUCUGGUGGGGGCCUGAGGGCUGACAUAGCCUGCCAAGGUGUACUUAGUGAGCUGAGUCAUGUGGGGCUCCUGGAUAUGGUCACCUACCUUGCAGGAGUCUCUGGCUCCACCUGGUGCAUGUCCUCCCUGUACAGUCAGAGGGAUGGGUUUCAGGACCUGGUGAAGGCAGAAAAUGAGCUCCGGAGGCGGCUGCAGGAGGACUCCUGGAAGUUCUCUGUUGCCCUGGAUGGGCUCUGUGUGGCUGCAGAGAGGGAUGACUAUUCCCUCACUGACUUCUGGUCCUAUUCUGUUGUCUACUAUCUUACGAAGGAACUUCUAGAUGCCCAUCUGUCCCAUGUGAGAGAUCAUUCUGAGAAGGGGACUGUGCCGUAUCCGAUAUUCACCACCAUUGAUCAUUACCUCAAGUCUGGUGCAAGGAAGAAUACUCAGAAUGCCUGGUUUGAAUUCACUCCUGAUUGGGUUGGCUACCCAACACUUGGCUCCUCAACACCUGGUGCUUAUGUCUCUACCACUCAUUGUGGGAGUAGGUUUGAGGGAGGGAAGCUCAUCCAACAAAAAGCUGAAAGGGAUUUCUCCUACCUGCGAGCAGUAUGUGGUAGUGCUCUGGCUGACAAAAACACUACUCUCAAAACCAUCAAGGAUUUCUUGCAGAAAUUUAUCCAUUUUUCAAGCACCCAGGAAAAAAGGCUCAUUAUGGAGCCUGAAGGAACUACUUUGAAAAACAUCAUGGAAGACCUGCUCAACUUGGUUUACACCUUCCAAACAGAUGGAGACUAUCUGCCCAUCCUGAAAAAUCUACAGAGUAAAAUGACAGGGAACAAGCAUUUUUCUGAGGCUGAAACAUUGACUAACCAGAUGAUGAAGCGUUCAUUACGGACCUCGAGAGAUGAGCAGAGGCAGCUCAUUCAGGAAUUACUGGAAAAGAUCUUCAAGCGAGAUUUGGUGGAAAAGAGCAGUGUCUCAUCUUUCCUCAAAUUUCUAUGGAAGACCUUCAGCUGUUUCUUAUCAUGGACAUGGGGAACAACCAAUAACUUUGUGUAUAAAUAUGGAGACAUUAAGGACAAGUUUCUUGCAGGCCAGAAAAAUAUGUAUUUGAUGGAUGCUGGCUUGGCUAUCAACUCUGCCUAUCCUCUGGUCCUGCCCCCAGUGCGGAACACAGAGAUCAUCCUCUCCUUUGAUUUUAGUGAAGGGGAUCCAUUUGAGACCAUCAAGGCCACAGCAAAGUACUGCAAAGCCUGCAAUAUCCCCUUCCCUCCAGUGGAUGAAGCUAAACUUGACCAAGAAGCCAAGUCUCCAUCUGACUUCUACAUCUUUGAAGGGGAGAACACACCUGUGAUCAUGCACUUCCCUCUCUUCAAUAAAGUGAAUUGUGGCAGCACAGAGGUCAUUGAGAAGCGGCAUAAGACAUAUUCGACAUUCCACCUCAAAGGCUAUUCUGAUGCUGAGGUGUGUCAACUCCUGGAAGACUCAAAGGCAAAUGUCAGAAACAACAAGGAUGCUAUCUUGGCAAAGAUCUUGGCAAAGACAACUUCAUAGGAAGCAGUCUCAAUAGAUUUUUUGCUCUUAGAGUGCACACAUAUUGAGAUUGGCUAAUGUUGCUUGAGAUUGGCUGCCAUUCAUUUUUCCCUUUUGGGAGAGGCCCUCAUUCAUCUUCUUCUUCUUCUUCUUCUUCUUUUUUUUUUAGUGAGGCAAUUGGGGUUAAGCGACUUGCCCAGGGUCACACAGCUAGUAAGUGUGUGUUAAGUGUCUGAGGCCGGAUUUGAACUCAGGUACUCCUGACUCCAGGGCCAGUGCUCUAUCCACUGCGCCACCUAGCUGCCCCCAUCUUCUUACUUAAAUGCUUCAUGUUGCUAAAUUUUAUUCUGGGAGCCCAACAUUUUGCUUUGUACCCUCAUGCUUCAUGUAACUUACCCACAUUCUACUUACCUUCCAUGGCUCAAUAAAAUGUUGGCUUGUGUGACAAGCAAAACAAUCAUGAGAGACAAAAUUCUGGGUAAAUUAUAAUCAUGUUUAUCAAUCACAACCAGUAAGAUAAUGAUAAAGAUGGCUCUUUAACAUUUGGUUAUUCAGAAAGAAAAAAGGGACUGCAUGGCUACUUCUUAAGAUUUUUACACAUCUUUGGGCAAGAGGAAGUCCAUUGAAAAGUGAUCAAAUCUGAUUGGUCAACUUAAGUUGGAAGUAGGCUAGAUUAAAAUGUAGGGCUAAUGCCAGACCACCUCCAACUUUGGACUAACUAUUCAAAAAAUGCAUAUCCUCUUUCAAACAGGUGACCAGGCCCUCAUUGGAGAAAAGGCCUUCUUAUCUAAACAAAAAAUCCACCUCCCUAACAGGACACAAUGGAAAUCCUUACCCCCUACCAAUUUUUUAUGUCCCUAACAAGAAUUUAGAAGGGUCAAUCUUAUCAAUAUUUCUAGAGUUUUAUAACUGUGACCAGGGCCAAGGAGAAUUGACUUUAUCUUAUCAAGAAGGACUUUGGAAUAGGGGAAAUCAGGACUGAUGAACCUCCAAGAUAUUAGUUCCAAAUAAUCAUUUCUUACAAUCUCCCAUUUGAUUCUUUGAGGGGUGUGGCCCUUUCAGUGAAUCACUAACUGAUAUUAAAAACAUUACAUCAAAGGUUCUUAAGUAUGGGGCUUAUUAGGUGGGUAACAAUGUGAAGGGGAAAAUGGGGGAAAUUGACUGAUGCAUUGACAAAACCAAA